AUGGCUUUGUGCUAUCAAAAGCAUCCAUUCGAAAUCGAGACAGAAGAUCGAUUAACGACAAUUAAUACGAAAAUAUUUGAAAUUAAGAAGAAGAUACAGUUAUCAGAGGGUCAAAGAAAAUCAAUACACGAAGAAAACGAAGCCGAGAAGAAACAGAACAAUGAUUUGAUUGAUACUUUAAAAAAGGAAAUUAAAUUGCGUCUUCAGGAGUUGAAUUUAGCAAAAGAGGUUUUAAGCAACGAAGAAGCAGAAGUAAAGAAGUAUCUGAAUGAUGUGUGCCCUGUUGGUAACAAACCUGCAGAGAAGCUUAUUGAAAAUUUAGACCUCAAAGUAAUUGAACAAAGAAAAAUAUUAGAUCUACUUAAAUAUGAGAAGGGCAGUAAGAAAAAGAGAUUGAAAGAGUUGGAAAAAGAGUAUGAGAAGCUGUUAAUCGAAAGCACAAAGAGCGACCUAGUAAAAUCAAAGAUUACCACCAGAGCUAAAAAGCAUAUUUCCCAUUUAGAAAACGAGAUUCACACAGUUCUUAUACAAUGGACAGAAGCUGAACUGGUGAAGAAGAAAUACUCCUCGAUCAGGCAGGCUCUCAGAGAAGAUUCUGUAAAGUUCGAGAGCUCUCUCGCAAACGUCGAAGAACUUCUCCGAAAACAAAAACAGGAAAUUAAGAAGCUUGAACGCGUCCGAGAUGAAGCGGCAGAGAUGCGGGCGCGAGCCACGGCGGCCACAGCGGCAGAAGCUGCGCGGGCGCAUGACGCUGAGCACGCCCGGGCCGCCGAGCGCGCCUACUUCGCGCAGCGCUUCGACGAGCGACGCCGGGAACUUGAGAAGCUCGAGAAGCGAAUAUUUCCACCUCCUUUACGAGCAGUCCGCCAGGAGUCGGUUGGAUCUACAGAAGGUGAGACAGCCGCCGAAGAGUCCACUCCAGCUCAGCAAAUGGAAGAUAUAUUCCAGAGGCUCAUGAAACUUACUGGGGUGACGGAAGCCGAGGAAGUAUUCGAUCGGUUCAGAGCACAGCGGGAAACUAGCGUUCGUCUGAACUAUCUCCAGCAGACCACAGAAGAAGAGAAGCUGCAGUUAGAGCAGGCGCAGACCUCACUCAUCGCAGAACUCGAGGGAUACAAGUUCGCUUCAGUGAAAGAAAAAGAUGAGGGACAAGAAGAAAUAACAAAUUUGAAAGGCAUGAUAGAAGAAGAGGGUGAACUAUACAGAAAGCUGGAGAAAGAAGUGGAAGAGUUAGACACGUUUCUACUCGAAAUAAAGAGAUUACUGUACGAGCUGUGUAAGAUGUUGGAUGUUAUACCCGACCCGCCCACACCAGAAUGGACUGCAGAAGCCCGGGACAUACAGGAGAUAAUACAAGUGCUAAGUAUCAGAUACGAGAAGGCCAGAAUCAGAACUGAAGCUAUCCUGGAGAAGCAGAAGGAUACUGCUGUCAUUAUGGUGCCGUCUAACCCAACCAGCGGGGCACAGUCUGUUGUAAACAUGAGUCUACACAGUCACAGCACCCAGAAGGAAUCCGACAAGCAACUACCGACUUACAAGGAGCUGGUGCACCGGGAGCCAGUGAAGCCACAGGCAUCUGAUGAAGAAGAAGACAUUCCGUCUAGAUGUUACCUGAAGCGUCAGGCUCAGUUGAUUGUGGACACCAAGUGUAGAAGAAAAGGAUUCCGACCUCCAUAUCCUAGAAAGUAAACUUAUGUAUUUCCGACCUCCAUAUCCCAGAAAAUGAACUUAUGUAUUUGGACUUCCAUAUCCCAGAUAGUAAACUUACAUAUUUCGACCUACUGCAUAACCCAGAAAAUGAACUUAUGUAUACUGACCUCCAUAUCCAAGAAAGAAAUCUUAUGUAUU